AUGGCGACCAAUAUGGUGGUUGAGGAUAUGAGCUUCGAGGAUGAUCAGCUGGCCGCGAUGACCACCGACGACAUUGUCAGGGCCACCCAUCUUCUGGACAACGAGAUCCGAAUUCUCAAGGAAGAAUUGCAAAGAACAAACUUGGAGCUGGAUUCAUACAAGGAAAAGAUAAAGGAGAAUCAGGAAAAGAUUAAGCUCAAUAAGCAGUUGCCCUGCUUGGUCGGCAACAUUGUUGAGGAAUCUCCUGGUAAUGGGCUUUCGGUUGAGAAAAUUCUUGAAGAAAAUUCAGAUUUUGAUCGUGCAGUUUCGUUGUCCUUGAAGACAGCAGAACAAGAGAAAGCAAUACGUGAGAUGCAGCUGAACGACAAGAAUCAAGAUCCAGGAGUUUAUAGUACACGGAAGCAAGGAAGGUCAUCACAGCAAAAUGGAGCUGAAGUUGUAGAGCAGCAAUUAGUUAGUGAAGAGUCUAAGCGUGAUGGUGGUAGUCAUCUUCAACAGGGAAAACUGGUAGCUCACAGUGAUGUGUUGGGAAGCUUAUCUCCAAAAGAGCUUGACGAAGCAAUUAUGCUUGAGACUGCACUUUUUGGUAAAUCUCCAUACACCUAA